CUAGCUAUAAUAUCACUCUUCCCCUCUCUCUCUCUCUCUUUAUAUUCUUUCAUCACUCUUCUUCUUCUUCACUUUGUCACUUGCUUACCUUCUUUUCUUGUUUUUGUAGUCAUGGAAGUUUGUCAAAAUUUCCCCGAUCGCUUGUGCGCUUUCAAAGGAAAGCGCACUAAGCGAUCUAGGCCGUCGUCCCCUCUUAAUAUAGCGGGGAUGACGGUCACUACUACUAGCUCAUCGACCGCUGGAGGGAGCGAUGACGCUGGUGGUGGUGGUGGUAGAGGUGAUUUUUACAAUAAUUCAACAAUUCAAUAUUCACCAACCACUUCUACUACUCAAAUAUCAACAACUAGCACAGAGGAAGAUGAAGAUAUGGCCAAUUGCUUAAUUCUAUUAGCACAAAGCGGAUGUAGCAAGAAAGUACAAGUUGUAAGUGAAGUUAAAAAGGAGAAAAUCAGCAGCAGGAAAUUUGCAGAAAUGACCACUAGUACAACUGGAAAAGCUGGUUUUUAUGUCUAUGAGUGCAAAACUUGUAACAGAACUUUCCCUUCAUUUCAAGCACUUGGUGGCCAUAGAGCAAGUCAUAAAAGGCCCAAAACCAUAGUGGAUGAGAAAAAAUCUGUCACUGUCAGUGCAACUGCCACUGACACUGCUAGCGCUGUUGCUGCUGCUGAUGAUGAUUUACAUGAUGAUCAUCAUCAUCUAGUGAACGAUCAAGAACAAGGGCGACUCAAUAAAAUUAAUGCAUCUCUUUCAAAUCAGAUAGCCCCCAACAACAGCAGCAAAACCAAAAUCCACGAGUGUUUAAUUUGUGGGGCGAAGUUUUCAUCAGGGCAAGCUUUAGGUGGUCAUAUGAGAAGACACAGACCACCUACGACGACAACUCCUACUACAAACACUAAGAUUUCGAUGAAUUCUACGCAUCUUGAGACAACAAGCAAUGUUUCAGAAUCAUCUUUAUCCCAUGAUGAAAAGUCUACAAGAAAUAUUUUGUCUCUUGACCUUAAUUUGCCAGCGCCACCAGAAGAUGAUCACAAAUUUGAACAAAGUCUUGUCUUCGCCACUGCUCCUUUGGUGGAUUGCUAUUACUAAUAAUUUAAAAGAGAAGAGAUUCAUUUUUUUUCUUUUUUUAGUUUUUCAGUUCUUGUUUUUUACACUUAUUGAUCAAUUUAUGUGAAUUAAUUUGUCACAAAUUUGUGAUAGUAAUAAAUUUUUAGGAUUAUUUCAUAAAUAUACACAAA